CUUAUUCUCUCUAAGAGGGGUGAUCAGGAAAGGAAAUAGUAUCGGAGGAUUUGGAUCUCCUUUCAUCUUUCGAUUCCUUUGGUUGCUGAGAGGGGAUUUGGGUGGCGGUAUCACGCUAGAACUGGGGAGGCGUUGGAUUCCUUUAGUGGAGCCCACCUACUGGCUCUUUAUCACCCAGGACUUGUGUUCAUGGGGCUGGGGAGCUGUGCAUGGAAUGGAUCUCGUUGUUAGCCUUGUCGCUGCUGCUGCUUGUUCUUCUGGAUCCAAAUCUAGAGAAGCGUCCGUUUUUUUCUUUUUCCUUCCAACUUACCUCGCAUCCUUAUUCUCACAUGGAUUUCAAUUUUCCUUUUUUACUGUCAUUUUGGAUCCACCGCUGCUGCAUGGGAUAAAUCGGAACAGUCGGUGUUUGCGGGUGUAGCAUCAUCAAGAUUCACAUAGCCCUGGGCGAUUGCGAGUUGGCAACAUGGUCCCAAAUGAGAAUCUUGAUGAUGCUGCAUCAGCAAUAAGCGACUAUACUCUGGAAUAUGCUACUGCCUUUGGGCUGCCAUUUUUUACCCUCUCCAUUGAGGUUAGAUCUCUUUAUAUUCAUCUCCUUAUAUAUAUAUAUUGAGAGACGUUCCUUAUAAUGGUUUUUCUCCUUUAUCCUUCAAGUAUGUUUGAGAAUAACGUUAUUCACGGAAUAGUAAUCCAUUGAGGUUGGAUUUCUCUAUAUUCAUCUUCUUACAUAUGUUUUAAGAGUCGUUCCUAAUUGUUAAACUCCUUUAUCCUUCAAGAAUAUUUGAGGAUGACCUUAUUCACGGAAUACUAAUUAUGUGUAUUUGAAGCUUGAUAUGCUAUGCUGCAAGCAAAUCUGAUGGUUGAUCCCAUGAGCUCAUACUUGUCAUAUACUUCUCAUUCUUCUGGUAGAGAUUCAAAGGAUCGACUUGCUUAUGGAAACAACGAUGAUUUUAUCAUUUUGGUUCGCAGGUUUUCAUUCUUGAGGUCAAUGGCUUGCCCCUUGUUCUUGUUUCUGGGAGAUCAAAGAGUAUCAUCAAGGGAUUGUGGUUCCAGCAAGGUCAGGCUCCUGCAAGCAUCCAUUGAAGAGUCAGAUAACGUCUGGGUAAGUUCAUUUGAGCAUUCUGAAAGAACUUAUCAAUGGAAGAAAGGACUAUGAGACAUGGAAAUGCCCUUAGAUGAAAGGAACCCAGAAAUUAUCGAACAGAAAAGGAGGUUUAGCCAUUAACACUCAUGCCCAUCACUCAUGCAAGUGGACCUAGCACGAGGUACAUUUUACUAGUAAUUGUAUGUAAGGUGGUCCGAGCCCUAAGGACAUCUUGCAGAGAAGUGUCUGAAAAGUGAAUUCCACCCUUCUCUCUCCCUAUGUACUAUGGCAAGAAUGUAUACAUUGAAAGAGCAUAUACUCUAUGUUAUACUUCGCCCCUUCAGCAUAUUUUGUGUACAAAGUGCCAUACUUUAAGAUACCAUAUAUACCAUGUAUUUAGAAACAGCAGUUACUCGAGCAUCGUUAAUUACUUUAGCAUACACGUAUACAAAUAACUGUUCUUGUAUGUAUCCUCUCUCUCUCUCUCUCUUUCUCAGAUGGGCACCAGACUGCACGUAGUUUGGUCUUCAUGUAAGUCGACAGGUGCCUACUUUUUUCCAUUACCGGUACAAUGGUACAUGAACUGAAGAAUCUCAGAGGAAACUUUAGCACUUCAUAAAAUUAAGCCACUGCAAAGUGGCUUUCUUUAAGAACGACAUCCGGUCCAUAUGAUGCAAAUUGACAUUUGCUGUCGCUCUAGCAUUUUGCUUUUCAGUCAUUAAAAGAUAUCUUACCUGCCUGCAAUUUCACUCCUUUGUUACCUUUGAUAUUCUUUCUAUUUCACACUGAAGUUCUCAACCGGUUGGUCUCUAUAGGUUCACAAUAUUGGCUUGAUGUUGCUGACAUGUUUAUGUGAUGAGCUCUCACUAGAAUGCCUCCCUGCUUAUUGUACUUGAUGUUUAGACAAAAUAUUUGAUGGAUAUAACUUGUAUUUAGUCGAUUUAAUGCUUUUUCUUUUGUUGGGGUUGGGAGGGGAUGGG